UCUGCUACCAUACUAAACUACGUACCGGAUAAACUACCACAUAUGUAAUCCGUACUAUUGAUGUGAUACCGUGAAGCACUUGAAUUCAUAAAUCGAGUCUGAUGGUAGAGUGUAUCAUCAGCUUCACUGCUAAAAAAUAAUGGAACUGUUUAUAGGACGAACUUGUCUAAGGCUAGUCAGUUCGCCUGUGAAACUGUCAAGGAAUCUAGCACACCUGCAAACAUCUUUUCCGGGUUAUGAGAGACGCCGCUGCUUACCACAAGGGCAAAAACUUGGGACAUCGGUUUUCGGUAGAGAUGUAUUGUCAACCCUCAUUGACACAAGUUUAUAAAACGAAACAAAUAGAAAGGCGUAACCCUUGCAACAUUACUGGUUUUGCUCAGCGUCGGUUCUUUUCCAAUCAACCUAACAAAGAUUGCAAUACUACUUCAACUCCUGUGCAGCAGUUAACUGUCUUUCAGAAAAUGAAACAGAUGACCAAAGACUACUGGUACGUUCUCAUACCGGUACAUGUAGUUACAUCGGCUGGCUGGGUACUGAUAUUUUACGUGGCAGCUAAAAAUAGCGUCGAUGUGAUUUGGAUAUUGGAGAAGUUGCAUGUUAGUGAAAAGUAUAUUGAGGCUCUACGAGGUUCCAGUGCUGGCUUCUGGGCUAUAGUAUAUGCAUUAUACAAAAUAUUUACACCCCUUCGAUAUAUGGUUACUGUUGGAGGUACAACAUUAGGCAUCAGGUAUCUUCGCAAAAUGGGUUACAUGAAAUCGAAACUUCGAACAACUCCUACACAAAAGCCACAAAGUGCAGAACAGAGUGUUUCUGAGCACAAGAAAAGUUACGGAAAAGUAGGGUGCAAGGAUGGUCAAACGCAAGCUGAUCCACCAAAAACGUAGUACGUGUUUUUAUGCCUAUGGUUGGCUGCCAGGAUGUUUGAUAAUUUAAUAUGAGCCAUGCUCCCUAAUGCCAAAUUUGUGGUAUCCUGUAAAUGAUGUAUUGAAAUGUUUGUAAUAAAGUAUGGAGAAUAAUGUUUUAA